AAAUGUGAGGCGGAACGAUAUUUCACCGUCACCGUUGAUGCACGGACUUAUUUUGGAGAGAGACGAAACAUGAGCGCUCGUUUUGCCAUUUGUCGGGUCCUGUGCCAUGUGACAAAUACCACCACAUCCAUAUUCAGUCCGCUUCAGUCAAGUAGAUGCUUGCAGCGUUCCUGGACGCAGUGGAGAUUGCUUUGUUCUCCGAGCAGAAACCUGCUGCCAAAUGUUGCCAACAAUGACCCAGCAUCCUUGCAGAGGCACACCGGUCCAGAAUUGUCCCUCCCCUGUCUACUUGACAUGGGCUUCACGCAAACACAGGCUGAGCAAAUCUUUGAAUUUGCGUGCAAAACCAGUGGUGGGAGUGCCACCAAGCACUGUCUGUCAACACUCACGGUUCUCUUCAUGUUGGGCCUCAACCCCUCCAGCGUGAUGAAGGUAUUGACUAAAUGUCCCAUUCUUUACACCAUCAAGGAGUCACUUCUCCAGGAGCGGAUAAGCAAUCUACGCAAACUCGGUUUAGUCGAAGGCAGUCUGCAGCGGGUGGUGGUGCACUACCCUGCCAUCCUGACGUUGCCGGUGAAGAAGAUAAAACACGUGACCUUGUUCCUCAGGGAGAAGUGUCUGUUUACUGUGCAGCAGGUCACCCAGAUCCUCAGAGACAGUCCGGCCAUCAUGCAUGAAGACCUGGCUCAGCUGGAGUACAAGUUUCAGUACGUCUACUUCCGAAUGGGCAUCAAACAAGCAGAGAUGGUGAAGCACAGGUUGUUUCGUUCCACGCUGGAGGAGCUGCGCACGCGGCACACUUUCCUGGAGCGCCGAGGCUUGUACCAAACCCCCGACAAGAAAGGGCAGACCGUCAUCGCUAACCCGAAACUGGACAGCGUCCUCAACGUGGACCUGGAUACCUUCCUGCUGGCGCACGCCGCCAACGCGUCAGCCGAGGAGUAUGACGUCUUUCGGAGACUGGUGGCCAGAGAGUGGAAGCAAGAGGAGCGUCACCACGGCGACUGCCAAGCGGAGAUGGAGGACAGUGAUGAUGAUGAUGAUGAUGAGGAGGAGGAAGAGGAGGACGAGAUGGAAGGCAAGGAAAGCUACAGGAAGAGGAAAAAAAAAUAAAGUAGUGACACAUGAAUGAGAGAACUACAAAGAAGACUCCAUUGUACAGUCCGUACAAUCACAUCAAAAUAUUCACACUGACGAUGUAAUUAAACAUGACGAGGAGCUGGAUUUUUUUUUUUUUUUUUUGGUGGUAAUAUUACAACAGAGUGAAUUUACAAGAAUAAAAUUCUAUAAUAUUCUUAUGACUAUUCAGUUAACUUGAGGAGGAAUUUCUACAAGAAUAAAUUUAUAGAAAUAUGAGCUUUAUUCCAACUUGUAACCAGCGAAAUGAAAAAAAUCUGGUUGUAAUUUUGCAAGAAAACAUUUGUAACUUCCUGGGGUUGGAAAAAUGAUGGAAUUAUGAGCAUGAAGUUGCAAUUUUUCUCCCCAAAAUGUUUUACACCCUUUCUAAAAGAUUAGUUUUCUUGUCAUACAAUUUAUAAAGUGAAUUUAUAACAGUAUAGUUGUAAGCGUGGCUCAAAUUACCUCCGCCAAGGCCGAGCGAUCCUAAUUUGGGUCAUUUCUGUGAAAUCAGAAAAAUAUUUAUGUACUUUAUAUGACUUCUGUCAUCCUCACCCUUUGUUUUCCGAUGAUCGGGAGAUCUCGGCAUUUAUGCGACCUUGUAAAAAUGUAAGUCGGCCUUUAAUUGAUUACAUAUGUUUUAAAGUAUCAA